UACAUAAACCCCUCAUAUCAUCACACUCUCUCCUUCAUCAAAACCCCUCAUAUCAUCACACUCUCUCCUUCAUCAAACAAUUUUUCUAUCUCAUUCACACAUUACAACAAAUCUUUUUUUGCAAAAAAGAAAAAGAUACAUUGUGACAUUAUCAACAUUAUGGCUAGAGCACAACAAAGAUAUAGAGGAGUUAGACAAAGACAUUGGGGUUCUUGGGUCUCUGAAAUUCGCCAUCCAUUACUGAAGACAAGAAUUUGGUUAGGCACAUUUGAGACAGCAGAAGAUGCAGCAAGAGCCUAUGAUGAAGCAGCAAGGCUAAUGUGUGGUCCAAGAGCUAGAACAAAUUUUCCAUACAAUCCAAACAUGCCACAGACAUCUUCCUCUAGGCUUCUCUCAACUACAUUAACAGCCAAGUUGCACAAAUGUUACAUGGCUUCACUUCAAAUGACCAAAACUUCAGCACAAGAACAAAAAAUAGCAAAAAAUGCACCUAUUCAAGAAAGUGUAUAUGCCUAUGAAAUGAAGCAACAAAUGAUGUUGGUGCCAAAGCCAUCAGUACUAUUGACACAUAAUCAUGAGGAAAAACCAGCCAACUUGGGAGUAAUUAGGAAAGUUGAAGAUCAUGUAUUGGAAGGCAUACCACAAUAUGUCAAGCCACUUGAAGAUGAUCACAUUGAACAAAUGAUUGAAGAGUUGUUGGAUUAUGGGUCCAUUGAGAUUUGCUCUAAUGUUCCUUCUCACUAGAUUCUUUUUAAGAGUGAAGGGUAAAAAAGACAUGUUAAGUGUCUCGGUUUUUCAAGUUUUAUGUCUAAAACUAUCAGGUGUGAGUUUCCUAUCUGAACUAUCACUAACUAUUUAUUGAAACACACCUCAAGUAUCAAUUAUUCAUUUUUCCUACCUGAAAUGUCACCAUCAUUCAUGUAGGAAAAAUGUUUAAUUGAUCGUUGAAGUGUGUUUUGAUAAAUUGUUCAGAUAGGAAACUCAUGCACCUGAUAGUUCAGAUCAUGUGAAACUCAAAAGGCCGAUAUACUUUAAGUGUGUUUUUGAUCAUUAACUCUUCUUAAAGUACUGCCUUUCGAGUGAGCUUGCACGUUUCUCGACUAUUUUACCUAUACUUGCUACAUUUGGUCAGUACAGGUACCCGAUAACUCUUUAUUGAUGUUCUUUCUCAGUAAUUUUCUCCUCGGGCCCUACAUUAUUCUAUACCCAUUUUGCUAAUUUAACCUUAUUUGUAUAGCCGAUCCCAACUUGUUUGGAAUUGAGGCAUAAAUAUUGUUGUAUAAGUCUUUUAGUAGUGUCCCUCUAUCUAAGGUCUAUGUAUCAUUGGUAGGCAGUCUUUCCCUUCUGUUUUGGUUCCUAGAGUAUCUACUUUAAGAGAACCUUCUAUUAGUUGUAAAAUGAUGCAAGUCCAGUGUAAUUUAAUAUUUUCCCCACA